AUGUCUGGGGGCUCAGAGAGUGAUGACUGUGUAACAGCUAAUGGGAUGGUUUACAUUCCUGAAGUAAGAAAUGAGGAAACACCAACGGUUGGGAUGAAGUUCGACUCGCUUGACCUCGCUUAUAAUUUCUAUAACAGAUAUGCAUUCUUGGCUGGCUUUGGUAUUCGACUUCAUUCCAGCUUUCGGGGGACAUAUAAGAAAGAGAUUCUGAGGAAAGAAUUUGUUUGUUGCAAACAAGGUGCAUACAGGAAAGAUGAAACUCGGGAGAGAAAAAGACAGCGGGGAAUAAGUAGAUGCAAUUGCAAAGCUAAGAUUGUGGUUGUGAAGACAAAUGGGAGCAAGAAGUAUGCCAUCUCUCUUUUUGCAGAGGGACACAAUCAUAAGAUGACAGACUCAGAAAGAGUGCAUUUAUUGAGAUCACACCGUCGUAUUUCGGAUUCUACAAAAGUACUUACAAAACAGUUGGGUUCGGUUAACAUCCCCAUUCAUCAAAAGGUAAGUAUUUUCGAGGUGCAAUCCGGAGGAAUGGAUAAAAUCGGUUUUAUCAAAAAGGAUAUAUACAAUCUUGAAUGUAGUGUGAAUGGGAAGUUGAGGAACCACGAUGUUGAACUAGUGACCGAGUAUUUUAUGGCUGAACAGAAAAAAAAUGAGGCUUUUUAUUUCAAGAUUGAGGGAGAUGGCGAAGACAAGUUUAGUCGAUGUUUUUGGGCAGAUGCAACUUCUAGACGGGCAUACCGGUUGUAUGGAGAUGUUGUUGUAUUCGAUACCACAUUCAACACGAAUCGAUACGACUUGACAUUUGCACCAAUAUUGGGAGUUAAUAACCAUGGUCAGAAAAUUGUCUUAGCAUGCACAUUUUUGAGCAAGGAAACGACUGAGUCGUUUAUUUGGAUGUUUGAGGAGUUUAAGAAAGCCAUGCAAGGUGGCGAACCUAAAACGAUUAUUACAGAUCAAGAUGCGGCCAUCACCAGAGCGAUUUCAAUAGCCUUCCCGACUACAUUUCAUCGGCUUUGCAUAUGGCACAUCACAUCAAAGUUCCAUGUUAAGUUACCACAUUCUGCUUAUAAGGAGUAUUGGCGUGAAUUUCAGAAAGCCAUAUGGGAUACUGACAAUAAGGAUGAGUUUGAUGCAAAGUGGAAUAUUGUGGUUACAAAGGCUGGUUUCACUGACCAUCAAUGGCUAAGUUCAAUGUUUGAUUUAAGGGAAUCUUGGGUUCCAGCCUACGCACAAGACUUUUUUGCCGCUGGAAUGUCAAGCAGCCAAAGAGCGGAAGGUUCUCAUGCUUUCUUCAAGCAAUACAUAUCAAGGAGAAAUUCGUUGAUGGAUUUCAUAAUACGAUUUGAGAGGGCACUUUCCCAUCAACGUCAAAAAGAGUUAGCUGCUGAUCACGUAGAUGCAUUUGAAGUGGCUCAAUGUAUUCUACCAAUGCCAAUGAACAAACAAAUGGCUACCUUGUACACAAGGGCAAUGUUUCAAAAGUUUGAGAAAGAACUAAUACAAAGGACAGCAUGUUUCCUAGAGCUCAAAACAGAGGAUGCUUCAAAAGUUGUCUUUAAUAAUGACCAUUUUGUUGGAAGUUUUGAGUCUGAAAGGGUUCUUGGAUUCUGGAAGGAGAGGCAUCUUCAACUUGGUGAUGAAAUCCAAAGGGCAAGGGCACGUUUGGAAUUUGUUGAAGGCCAAAUUGAAGAUGACAAAAGGCAGGCCAAUUUGGAUAGGGCGAAGUUGCAGCGCAUGAAGCAUAGACACAAACGACUUCAGAGUGUAGCUAUUCAAAAAUACAAGAACUCAUCUAAUGCAGUGUUGUCAAAGAAGCGUGUGAUGCAAGCUGGAUUCGACUACUUCCGGUCCUAUGCAAAACUCGUCGUACCCGGGUUUGAUUGGUCAUCUAUUACCUUUUCCGACGUUAACAAAUAUACUCACCAAGGGAAGUAA